CUUGACAGAAAACAAAUCUAGCAGGCCAGGCUGAAUCAGCUGAACAUGAUGUGGUUCUUUGGGAGGUUACAAAUGAAUACAUUGUAUGAAAUAUAGGCCAAUGGAUAGACUUUGGACACCACAAUUAUUGGGGAUGUUACAAUGUAUAUCUACUGUCUGUUGGCAAAAGUCGCUGCACAAUCCUGCUGCUGAUCAAACUAAAUUGCUUUCCAUCAUUGAGGUUUAAGAACAACUAUAGCCAAUGGAAUGUCUCUGUCUUACGUUAUGAAUUUAGCCAAAUGACUGAUUUAGCCCUGCUUCUGCGGGCGGUGAGGGGAUGGGGGAGGGAGUUGGACGAGUGACAAAGUGAAAAAAGUUUAUCACUUUCUUAUACAGUGGUUGCCUUGCUGAGCUGCUGGCUGUCAGAAAGAAAACACUCGAAGAUGGCGCGGCGCUGCUGCCGUGCCACGUCUCGGUUUACAGGGAAAAUACAAGCAAAUUUGACAGCGUCAUUCAUAUCUACGAUCUUCAUAUUUGUGUGUUUACUUUUUCCUUUUACCACCGAAGCUGGCUUGUACACUGCUUCUGAUCAGAUAGUCAUCUUAACCCCGGAUAAUGUGGACAGCGUUUUGGUCAAUUGUACGGCGGCACUGGUGGUUGAGUUUUACGCCUCUUGGUGCGGGCAUUGUAUUGCAUUUUCUCCCGAAUGGAAACGUCUCGCAAGAGAUAUUAAAGAGUGGAAACCUGCUGUGGAUGUAGCAGCCAUAGACUGUGCUAAUGAAGAGAAUGGGCCGAUUUGUUCCCGUUUUGGCGUCAAGGCGUACCCAACGCUGAAGUUCUUCCACGCUUACUCCAAACCUGACUCCAAGGGACAAGGUUUCAGAGGUAAUGCAAAUGUUCUGAUAAUUCCUGGGGCAGAUGGUGAUCAUAUGAAUGAAGUUCCUCGUGAUGUGAGGGGUUUACGCCAUAAGAUCAUUGAGAAGAUGGAGACCCAUGAGGAGCCCUGGCCACCUGCCUGCCCCCCUCUGGAGACAGCUAGCAAAGCAGAGAUUGACAACUUGUUUGAGACUAACAGUGUGGAACACCUGGCCUUGAUCUUUGAGACCUCUAACUCAUAUGUGGGCAGAGAGGUGACUCUGGACCUACUGCAGUAUGAGAACAUAGCCGUGCGGAGGGUCCUGAGCACUGAGGACGCCCUGGUGGCUAAACUGGGUGUGACUGACUUCCCAUCCUGCUACCUGUACUAUCCUAGUGGGAACGUCACCAGGCUCCAUGUACAAAAUGAGGCCCGGACCUUCUACACCUACGCCCUGCAGAGGCUUCCUGGGGUACUGCGGGCUGGAAAGCCACCACCAGUGACCUCUGACCUUGUGAAAAACACAACAGAGGACCAAUGGAGACCGUUCAACAGGUCUCGUGUGUAUAUGGCAGACCUGGAGUCUACUCUGCAUUACUCUCUGCGCGUGGAGCUGGCAGCUCACCCUAUCAUCAAAGGAGAGGCUCUGAGCGCUCUACAGCGUUACAUCUCAGUACUGGCCAAGUACUUCCCUGGUCGACCUGUGGUGAGGAACCUGCUGACGUCAGUGGACACGUGGCUGAAGGAUCAGAACGACACAGAGCUCUCUUACAGCUCUCUGAGGGACGCCCUGGACAACACAGCAGAGGUCCCCGAUGCUGCUCUGCCUGAUGGGGUGAGGUGGGUGGGCUGCCAGGGCUCCAAGCCCCACUUCAGAAGGUACCCCUGUGGCAUGUGGACCCUUUUCCAUGUCCUCACGGUACAGGCCAAUGAAGCUUCUGGCAAAGACCCCCAGGAGGUGCUACAGGCGAUGAGGUCCUACAUCCACAGUUUCUUUGGCUGUCAGGCAUGUGCCACCCACUUUGAGAACAUGGCCAAGGAGAGCAUGUCCCUUGUGGGGAAACUGUCCACCGCCAUGCUGUGGCUAUGGUCCCGCCAUAACCACGUCAACAACAGACUGGCAGGUGCUCUGAGUGAGGAUCCCCACUUCCCUAAGAUCCAGUGGCCGUCCCCAGAGCUGUGUCCCAGCUGCCAUGGGGUUAAGAAGAGUGGAGAACACACCUGGAACCAGGAAGAGCUGCUCACCUUUCUCCGCUCCCACUUCUCCUCUGAACACCUCCUUUCUGACUACCUGGAGGAGGAGGCCCAGCUCAUCAGCAGGCAGAAGGAGAGCUUGGUCGCCAGGCAGCAGGAGAAGGACCAGGAGGCUAAGAGAGGAGCAGAGAGGAGGGCCAGUGAGGCCUUGGCUGAACCACCUCCAGGCCAGGAGGAGGAGGAGGAGGAGGAAGAAGAGGAUGAGGAGGAAGGGGCUCAAGAAGAGCCAGCAGCAGAAGAGGAGGUAGAGCAGAGGGCAAGAGGAGAGGCGCAGGGAGGUAAAACCUCUGAACCCCCCCCCUGGGUAAAGCCUGAGGCAGACGUGUCCCGCCAGGCCCAGCGCAGGCCCAGCAUUGUGGGGUUGAAGCUCAGGCCCCCCCAGGAGGAGAUUGUGGACCUGGACUCCUUCGUCAACCAGCACUACAAGGCUAAGGCCCUCCGCGCUGCAGCCGCAGGGUCCUCCCGCGUCAAACGCAGGACCCUGCAGAGGAAGGAAGAGCCGCAGCCUGGAGCCAGUCUGGAAAAUGGGCCAGGGCUGGGGCUGGGGCUGCAGCCCGUAGAGCCGGAGGACUUGUUGGGGCAGCGCAACACUCUGUGGAAGAGGAUCCUGACGGGCCAGUAUACUGGGUCAGAGGAGGAGGGGGCUCUGGAGAUGUAUGCUCAUCCUAACAAGAGGCGCUGGAUGUCCUUCCUGAGCGUGGGCUUCUCCAGACUGGAUAUCAGCCUGUGUGUGCUCCUCUACUUCCUGUCCUCCAUGUGUCUGCUGGCCAUGUAUCUCUUCUUCAAGAACCGCCUGCGGCUGCGCCGGGCCAAGGUAGCUCUGCCCUGAGUCAACUCUGCCUUGCUGUGCUACUGUAGAUUUACCCAUGCAUGUGACAGUGAUGCUGUGGUCAGUUCUUAAACCCUCCAAGUGAAGGAUCCGUAGUGUUCCGCAUCAAUGGAUUGCUUUGUGGUGCUUGCUUCCCGGGAUAAUAAUUUAUGACGACGUAUGCUUUUUUUGUGUGCCUUUUUUGACCACUUGUGAAGGAUUAUUUAAAACUCUAGGAAAUUAAUGGGAUUUUGAUUAUAUUUGAGUGAAUACAACAAAAGGGUUGUUUUUGAUAUUUAUUGUAAUUUUUAGGCAGUGUAUAUUGCCAUAUUAUAAAUUCAUUUAUGUGAAAAGGAAUCACUAUAUAGUUUCAUGGAUAAAGUUAGUCAGUAAUUCAAUAUAAAAGACACAGCUCAUACUGUUACUGCCAGCCCUUCCAAAGAGUCCAGUAAGCUGUGUACUCUAACAACUAGAGAACCAUUUUAUAUUCUUAGAAUGAAAUCAACCUUCUAUUUGAAAAUGUGAUUUUACAAUGAGAAAUGUGCCUUGAAUGACAUUUGGAUAAACAGUGCCUGACCGAUGAUUUAUCCAUAUUAAUUUUAGCAUUAAGCAAGCGGAUGUUUCCAAAUAAACAAAGAUGCCAUAUGAUAACAGAUAUAUAAGCCCUGUUCAGAUAGUAUGUGGUCAGAAUUGUAGUGCUCAGAGUUCACACUAUAGAUUUAGAAUUAGCUCUAAUUCUAUGGUUCACACAUUCUGUUCCACAGUGGUCUAUGUUGUGACUGACCAUGCUAUGCUAUUGUCUGAUUGGCUAGGACAUCUUACAUAUACAAAUUAGCUUUGCACAAUAGAGUUUAGACAGUUAAUGAAAUGUUUUGGAGUAGCACUAGUUAAUGGUACAAAAUAAGCAGGAUUUGGGUUUUGGCUGGUGUCCAUUACAAUAAACUUACUGGUCUCAAUCAACUCGAGAUACUGUGUUUUGCUUUGCUUAUCUCAAUCAAUAAAAUUAUUUUUGCUAAAAUUGUG